GCCGCCUCUUGUCCGUAUCUCAUCAACGGUUGUGUGUUUGUGCCGGCCUGAGCAGCGCCUGGGACGGCGCCGCGCGGACUCGUGCAGACGGCAGUGGCUCUUGUUCGCAAUGAAGGGUUCCGCGCACUCUACCGUGGCCUCACCGCCUCCCUGGGCAGGCAGGGCACAUACUCCACCACCCGCUUUGCAGUGUACGACUUUCUCAAGGCUGAAUUCAGUGCCCGCAAGGCUGACGGGCAGCUGACGACUGCCGAGCGCUUUGCAACAGCCAUGACCGCGGGCGGGUGCGGUGGCAUUGUGGGCACACCCAUGGACGUGUGCAACGUGCGCAUGCAGAAUGAUGGCCGGCUGCCGGCUGCCGAGCGCCGCAACUACAAACACGUCGGCAACGCCCUUGUUCGCAUCAUCAGGGAGGAAGGCAUUGGCAAGUUGUACUCUGGGCUCGGGCCCAACGUGAUUCGCGCCAUGCUCAUGACGGCGGGGCAGCUCGCCUCAUAUGACACGUUCAAGCAGCUGCUGCUGACAACAACUGGCGGCCUGUUCAAGGACAACCUCGUCACCCACUUCACGGCGUCGACGCUUGCCGGUGGCGUUGCCACGCUGCUGACACAGCCGGUCGACGUGGUGAAGACGCGCGUGAUGGCAGCGACCCCGGGCACAUACAGCAGCGCGCUGCAGUGUGCGGGCAUGACGCUCAAGCAGGAAGGACCGCUCGCCUUCUUCAGGGGGAUGGUGCCUGCGUUUACGCGUCUGGGCCCACAAACGAUCCUCACGUUUGUGUUUCUGGAGCAGUUGCGGCGAUUGCACUACUACCUCACGCAUGGUGAUGACAAGCCCGUCUGAUGGAGGCAAGGGGGGGGGCGUGGUUGAUUGGCGUGGUGAUGUGUGUGUGUGUGUGUGCAUAUGUGUUUGUGCAUGUGUGUGUGUGUG